AUGCAUCGGGUGAUGAAAGAGGAGUCAAGUUUCAGGACAGGCAGCCUGGAAAACGUGACAAGAGACCCAAGCAAAGCAAAGCUGCACGUGAAGCCCUGCAGUGGGUCCUGCCAUGCUGAGCAGAUCCUCCAGACACUCAACUCCUACCGCCGGAGCGGCACCUUCACUGACGUGGUGCUGCUGAUUGAUGGGCAAGAAUUCCCCUGUCACCGUGCCACUUUGUCAGCCAACAGCACAUAUUUCAGGGCCAUGUUUGGUAGCAACCUCAAGGAAGGCCACCAGGAUAUUAUCAAUAUCCAGAAGAUUUCUGCUCCCACCAUGUCUCUCCUCCUCGACUACAUGUACGGGGGGAACAUCAUCAUUCAGGAGGACAACGUUGAAAGCAUCUUGGAACUGUCUGACUUGCUGCAGAUCUCCAAGCUCAGAGAUGCUUGUGUCACCUUCCUCGAGGACCAGCUCCACCCAUGUAAUUGCCUGGGCAUCAUGAAGUUUGCUGAUUCGUUCUCCAUCACGUCCCUGACCGAGAAGAGCAAGAGGUUCACGCUGGAGUGUUUUGUGGAGGUGUCCUGCCAUGAGGAGUUCCUGGAGAUGGAUGUGAAGGAGCUGGUUGAGUAUCUGUCUGAUGAGCAGCUGGUGGUGCCCAGGGAGGAGGUGGUGUUUGAGGCCGUCAUGCGCUGGGUCCGGCACGACGUGCCCACCAGGAAAGCAGCCUUGAAGGACCUCCUGGAGCACGUGCGCCUGCCCCUGCUCCACCCCACCUACUUCCUGGAGAAGGUGGAAAUGGAUGGGCUCAUCCAGGACUCCAAGGAGUGCAUCCCCCUCCUGCACGAGGCCCGCAAGUACUACAUCCUUGGCAACGAGGUCAGCUCUUUGAGAUCCAGGCCCAGAAGGUUCAUGGAGCUGGCAGAAGUCAUCAUCAUCAUUGGGGGCUGUGAUAAGAAAGGCCUUCUGAAGCUGCCCUUCACAGACCUCUACCACCCCAAGAGCAGGCAGUGGACAGCCCUCUCCAGUGUGCCUGGCUACACCAAGUCAGAGUUUGCUGCCUGCACGCUGAAGAACGAUGUGUACAUAUCAGGAGGACACAUCAGCAGCAGUGAUGUUUGGGUGCUGAGCUCCCAGCUGAAUGUCUGGAUCAAGGUUGCUUGUCUGCAGAAAGGUCGGUGGAGGCACAAAAUGGCCACACUGCAGGGCAAGAUCUACGCGGUGGGAGGCUUUGAUGGCUUUUUCCGCCUCUCCAGCCUGGAGUGCUACGACACCUUUUCCAACAGCUGGUCAACCUUGGCCCCACUGCCUCAAGCUGUGAGCUCAGCUGCCGUGGUCUCCUGCCUCAACAAGCUCUAUGUGAUGGGUGGGGCUGUGGAUGACACCUCCAACACCGACAAGGUCCAGUGUUAUGAUCCAGAGGAGAACAAGUGGACACUCUUGUCUCCCACCCCUUUUUACCAGAGGUGCAUCAGUGCUGUCUGCUUGGACAACAUCAUUUAUGUUGUAGGUGGGCUCCUCAGUAAAAUCUUUAGCUAUGAUCCAAGGAAAGACAGCUGGCAAGAAGUGGCCACCCUCCCUGGACCUCUGGAGAGCUGUGGCCUGACAGUGUGUGGAGGGAAGAUCUACAUCCUGGGUGGCCGAGAUGAGAAUGGAGAAGGCACAGACAAGGCCUUCACGUUCGACCCGGCGACGGGGCAGGUGGAGCAGCAGCCGCCGCUCCAGCGCUGCACCAGCUACCACGGCUGUGUCACCGUCCUGCAGCGCAGGGACAGGUGA